AUGCUCAUUCCCGAGAACAAACUCAGUUUUAAUUUGUUUCAUAGAAAGAGCACGACAAAAACGGCGUUCUCCGCAUCCAUCGUCACCACUGCUCCCUAUGGCUCAUGGAAGUCUCCGAUUACCGGCGACGUUGUGUCCGGCGCAACCAAGGACCUCGGUGGCACUGCCGUCGAUGGCCGUGGCCGCCUCAUCUGGCUGGAAUUCCGUCCAUUGGAAUCAGGGCGUGGAGUUGUUGUUCUUGAGCCAGAAAACAUAGGAGGUGAAGCCGUGGAUAUUACUCCGAAGGGGUUUGGAGUGAGAACAUUGGCUCAGGAAUAUGGAGGUGGUGCUUUCACUGUUUCGGGGGAUAUUCUCUUCUUCGCAAAUUUCGAUGAUCAGAGAUUAUACAAGCAGUCCAUUACUUCACUAGAUGAGCCUCCUGUACCACUCACUCCGGAUUAUGGUGGACCAUUAGUCAGCUAUGCUGAUGGAAUAUUGACGUACGCUUUAACCGUUUUCUUAGUGUUAGGGAAGGUAAGAAAUCCACAAUCAGUUUAUCUUAAAGGCGCAUAUCGUCGCGAAAGCAGUCUAAAUCCACCUACAACAAUUGUAUCCAUAGCACUUGGCAGCAAUGAUGUUCAGGAACCAGUAGUGCUAGUUGGUGGGAGUGACUUCUAUGCUUUCCCCCGUCUAGAUUCUAAAAGUGAAAGAAUAGCAUGGAUUCAGUGGAAUCACCCCAACAUGCCAUGGGAUAAAGCAGAACUUUGGGUUGGCUAUGUCUCUGAAAAUGGUGAGAUCUACAAACGUGUUUGUGUUGCUGGGAAUGAUCCUUCACUUGUGGAGUCUCCAACUGAGCCCAAGUGGUCCUCUGAGGGCGAGUUGUUUUUCAUCACAGAUAGGGAAAGUGGUUAUUGGAAUCUCCACAAAUGGAUUGAGUCUGAGAAUAAGGUCGUGUCAGUUUAUUCUCUGGAAGCUGAGUUUACAAGGCCACUGCUGCAUGGAAAGUCAUAUCUGGGUGUUGUUGAUGUAGAGGGCUCAAAGCUAACUGUGAUUGAUUUCCCUUUCACAGACAUAAAUAAUAUAACGACACCCGGUAGUGACUGCCUGUACGUGGAGGGAGCAUCUGAGGUUCUUCCAUCAUCAGUGGCAAAGGUGACUUUUAAUGAUGAUAAAUCAAAAGCAGUGGAUUUCAAUAUUAUUUGGUCUUCCUCACCAGAUAGUUUAAACUUUCGUUCAUACAUCAGUAAGCCAGAGUUGAUUGAAUUCCCAACUGAAAUUUCUGGUCAACAUGCUUAUGCAUACUUUUAUCCACCAUCCAAUCCUGAUUUCCAAGCUAGUGAAGAAGAAAAGCCUCCACUAUUAUUGAAGAGCCACGGUGGGCCAACUCAAGAAACUCGCGGAAUUUUAAAUUUUAACGUUCAGUAUUGGACUAGUCGAGGUUGGGCAGUCGUGGAUGUUAAUUAUGGUGGAAGCACUGGUUAUGGCAGGGCAUACAGAGAACGACUUUUGAAACAGUGGGGAAUAGUUGAUGUGGACAGUGGAAAGGUGGAUAAGGAGAGGUUGUGUAUAAUGGGAAGCUCUGCUGGUGGGUAUACGACCUUAGCAGUUCUUGCUUUCAGAAAUACUUUUCAGAUAGCUGACUUGAACUUGUUGAGAGCAGAAACACAUAAGUUUGAAUCCCACUAUGUUGAAAACCUAGUUGGAGGUGAUAAGGAGAUGUAUGAAAGAUCCCCUAUCAAUCACGUUGAUGAUUUUUCUUGUCCCGUUAUAAUAUUUCAAGGAUUGGACGACAAGGUUGUGCCACCGGAUCAAGCUAAAAGAAUAUACCAGGCAGUGAAGGAAAAAGGUGUGCCAGUUGCCCUUGUUGAGUACGAAGGAGAACAACACGGUUUCCGAAAGGCUGAGAACAUUAAGUUCACAAUUGAACAAGAAAUGGUCUUUUUUGCACGAUUGAUUGGACACUUUGAUGUUGCUGAUGAUAUUACUCCUAUCAAAAUUGACAACUUUGAUAACUAA